AUGAGGCUGCUUCCAGUUUUUCUAACGCAGAGCACUCUCGCCGCAGAUACAUCUCCAGAAAAGGCGCUCAGCACUUGCAAAGAGUUCUUUGGAGAAGAAGCGACAUCAAGCAGACUUGGCGAAGGAGAACAAGCGGUCGUCUACAAAUGCGAGAACAGUACCUUGACUUCCGCAUUGAAAAUCUACAAAAAGCCGCACGAGCUCGUCGGAGAGCCGGAAUUUCGGAUAAAGGUUGACAGAGCAGUUGGUGAUGCCGGCAAUGGACCAGCUUUUUACGGCUCGAAGACGGAAGGCUUUCCAAUUAAUUAUGAAGUGUGCGGCAAUUUCGACAAUUGCGAGCCUGGUAUUCCUGAAAUUGAGUAUGUCAACUGCGGAAAUUUCGAUGCAUGCGGCGAAAACCUUUUCUACGCCAAGUUCGAAGAGUUUCUCAGUGGCAAAAACGUCGAUGUAAAAGAUCUGCACAAACCGGAAACAUACAUGGCCGUAGCGACACGACUAGCGGAGCUUCAUCAAAUGACGAAAGAAGAGAUCGACAUCCCGAUCAAAUUUUGCUCGGAGCCCUGGCCCUGGAAUACUAAUGCGCUCCGCGUUCACUUGAGCAAUCCGUUGUUUGAAAAAGGGCUUGAAUACAUCAAUGAUAACUUCAAAAAAGACCCGAUUGAAGACGAAAAAGCCUCAUUUACGUGCCUUAAAGAUAUCUACGAUUUCGCCGUACAAAACGUAGAAAUGUCGAACUCUCCUGUUGUUAUGACCGAGCUUGACAGUGGCGCAGUAAAUUUAUAUCUUGGAAAUUACACAGAUGCAUACAACGCACUCAACCCUCCGCGAAACUUUACGAUUGAAGAAGUCGAGGGUGAAUUUGUCUGUUACAUGCCUUGGUACGUUCUUGAAAGGAGCGCCUUUCUGUACGCUUUGAAUCCUGACUGGGGGAAGGGAUUCAACGAAGUUUUGCGCGGUGUUUUGUCGGAAUUCGCGGCGCCUGAUGGAUAUAAAUGCACGAAGGGCGAAACUUACGCCGAGUACCCGCAAUGCGAAACGCAACAAUCCGACAACACAUGGGACAUUCCCUGCGCAGCUUCAUCCCCGACCACGCUAGCACUUUCCUUGAUCACUUUUGUACUUGUGCAGUUUUUCUAA